UCAAAUCCGCGAGGCUGAUCCUGAUCAACGCACUCUCACAUGCAGCAGCAGCAGCAGCAAGCAAAUUUAUCCCCGACCCUUCUGCCGGCCCAGCUCGGCUCUUUCCAUAACCGGCGUCCUCUCCUUUGACUCCUUCUUCCCUCGCCGGUUACCGAUUAUUAAAUACCUCUCCUCCUCCCUCUCUCUCUCUCAUAAGUCCUCCCAAUUUGUCUGAGAGUGGACUGAGGAUUGACGCAUUUUCCUCACUGAUUGGCCGAUCAUUCUUCAUCUAUCUCUGACUUCUAGGCUGAAAGCAAUGUCAGAGAAAGCUCUUCGAGACCUCAAUACAAUACCCGGAUCUGAGAAGAAGAAUGAAAGCUCGAGUAAAGGGAGUUUUAUCAAGCCUUUUGUUGGGAAUAUGGAUGAAAAUGUGGAGGAAUGCCUAAAGAAAAACUCUGCCUCCUUGGUUUCAACUCAAAUGAAUGGUAACGAAACUGCUAAUCCUGAAGUAGAUACCGGAAAUUCAGAAGUAGAAUACAUUGAAUCCGAGAACUUGAAUGAUCUAGAAGAUGUUGAUACGAGUCUUGAGACACUCUUAGCUGCACUUGACUCAAAAAAUUGGGUUAUGGUGUGUGAAGCACUCAACAAUGUACGCCGGUUAUCAAUAUUUCACAAGGAAGCAAUGCUUGAUAUGCUGCGAGAUGUGAUUUUGUUGGUGGUGAAGUCCUUGAAGAAUCCAAGAAGUGCUGUUUGCAAAACUGCAAUCAUGACGUCCGCAGACCUUUUCAGUGCCUAUAAUGAAAACCUAAUUGACUCAUUGGACCCUUUGCUAACACAGCUUCUUCUCAAGUCUUCACAAGACAAAAGAUUUGUAUGCGAGGCAGCUGAGAGAGCUUUAGUUGCAAUGACUAAAUGGGUUUCCCCUGUUCUGUUAUUACCAAAAUUGCAACCAUAUCUUAAGAACAGGAAUCCUCGAAUCCGAGCAAAGGCGUCAAUGUACUUUUGUCGAAGUGUUCCACAACUGGGUGUUGAAGGCAUAAAAUCAUAUGGCAUUGACAAAUUGAUCCAAAUAGCUGCAUCCCAGCUCAGUGACCAACUUCCAGAGUCUAGGGAGGCUGCUCGAACCCUUCUUCUGGAGCUGCAAACUGUGUAUGAGAAAUUUCAUGACCUUGAAUCAACAACUGUGUCAGAGCACCCAGAUAUGGACUCUUGGGAGAACUUUUGUCAGUCAAAACUCUCUCCCCUAAGCGCUCAAGCUGUCCUUCGUGUGACCAAUAUUGGUCGGGAAGGUCUUGUUUUGGGUUCCUGACACGAGAUUAUAUAGAACACACGAGCUUUAGUGAGUAUUGUCGUCAUUACCAGCAUAUAUGAGCUAUAGCGAGCCUAGUCUACAAUUACAGAUUUCCCCGAUUUGAUUUGCUUUAUUGUCCACUUCUGUAAAUGCUGUGAAACAUUGAGAUGUUUGAAAUUGCGGUUGAAGCUUGUAGCUGAGCAGGAAUUCUAAUGAUAAUUCUCGAAUAUGUGCAACCAUUUUCUCAA